AUGCCCGCGCCCGUGCUUUGCGCGAGCUGCGCGGCCCGGCGCGCCGCGCUGCGCCGGCCCAAGACCGGGCAGGCGCUGUGCCGGGACUGCUUCGUGGCGGCCUUCGAGGCGGAGGUGCACGGCACGGUCACGGCGGCGCGGCUCUUCCGCGCGGGCGAGACGGUGGCCAUCGGGGCGUCGGGCGGCAAGGACUCCACGGUGCUGGCGCACGUGCUGCGCCUGCUGAACGAGCGCCACGGCUACGGCCUGCGCCUGCUGCUGCUCUCGGUGGACGAGGGCAUCGCCGGCUACCGGGACGACUCGCUGGCCGCCGUCCGCCGCAACCGAGGCCGCCUGGGGCUGCCGCUCCACGUGGUCUCCUACCAGGAGCUCUACGGCUGGAGCAUGGACCGCAUCGCCCGGCACGUCGGCCCCCGGAACAACUGCACCUUCUGCGGCGUCUUCCGGCGGCAGGCGCUCGACCGCGGCGCCGCCUUGCUCGGGGCGGACAAGAUCGCCACAGGUCACAAUGCGGAUGAUAUCGCGGAGACGGUGCUGAUGAAUUUCCUGCGGGGGGACGUGGGCCGUCUCCGGCGCUGUGCGGAGAUCCUGACAGGCGGUGAGGGCGCCCUGCCCCGUUGCAAGCCCCUGAAGCAUGCCUAUGAGAAGGAGAUUGUGCUGUAUGCCUACUUCCAGGGCUUGGACUACUUCAGCACCGAGUGUGUGUACGCGCCCAAUGCCUACCGCGGCCACGCCCGCGCCUUGCUCAAAGACCUGGAGGCCACCCGGCCCAGCACUGUGGCUGACCUGGUCCACUCCGGCGAGCGCCUGGCGGUGCGCGAGGACGUCCGCAUGCCCACCCAGGGCACCUGCCAGCGCUGCGGCUACCUCUCCAGCCAGCCUCUGUGCAAGGCUUGCGUGCUGCUCGAAGGACUCAAUCGUGGCCUCCCUCGGCUGGGCAUCGGCAAGCCCAGCCGCCUGCAGAAGGCUCUGUUGGAUGGGGAGAAGGCGGAGGCCCGCCUGCAGGAAGAGGAAGGCUCUAGAAGGCCGAGGACAAUAGAUUUCUGAGCCUGUUCUGCCCCACGGGGUUCCUUUCUGCAAAGAUACCUCUGUGUCCCAAAAGGCCGAAAUCAACCUGUGUUAUGCCGUCGCCAAUGAAGUGUGUACCACUGGCUAUACUGGCUGGGCUUGUUCGCAGUUGUAAGCUGGAACCUCUGAAGAGCCGCAAGUGUCCCACUCCUGGAGAUGUUGCUGGUGUGUAAUUAAGAAGGCACAGGAUGCACUACAUUUCAGGUGGACCUCUGCCCCCCGAAGAUGUGGUUGGACUACACCUUCCACCAACCCCAACCGGUGGCCAUGCUGGCAGGGCUGGCAAGAGCUGCAGGCGAAGGACAUCCAGAGUGCACAGCUGCUCACUUAAGUGUCAUGGUAACUUCUCCAACCAAUGAGCACGGAUAGAAUGGCUGGGAGCCCCUGUUGAAUUAUAGCUGAUCUCCAGUGCAGAAGAGUAGCUGGGUGGCUUUGGGGUUUUCCCAAAAUACUUAUUUUAAACCCCGUUAAACUUAAAGUUUUAACCAUCA